AUGAAGUCAAUAUGCCUUCUCCUCCUGGCUUCUUUCGUGCUCUGCAACUUGGCGGUGUCUGGAGGACAGGGCAUCCCCGCUGACGAUGACACGGACCGGAGGACCAUCGAUGAUAUCCUCCUACAGGGAGCCGGGAGUCUCCUGAUACGCUCCAUCCUCAAAAAGAUGCAUGAGGAAGAAGACAGAAACGAGGGAUUUUCCUCUCAGCCAGAAUGGGUGACAAAAAGACAGCAUCCCGGUAAGAGAUACAGCGACGACUUGGAGAAGCGGCAGCACCCGGGGAGGAGAGAGGAGGACGAGGACGAUGAUGAGUACAUGGACGUUCAAAAGAGACAGCACCCGGGGAAACGCGACGAUGAAACGCACCAGUACACGGAGUUCCAGAAAAGGCAGCACCCAGGGAAGCGCUCCACGAUGGGCUACAUUUCUGACGAGCCCGUGGUAAUCCUGGAGAGAGAACUUUCUAAACGCCAGCACCCUGGCAAGCGCUACCUGCUGGUGCACAGCAAACGCCAGCACCCAGGUAAACGCCACGGAGAGGACGAGGACGGAGACGUGGACUGGGAUGUGGACGGAGACGAAGACCUCCCGGGGUUGGAGAAGCGGCAACACCCCGGGAAACGCUUUUGGGAUAACGCAAAUCCGGAUUUGGGCACAAACAGUCCGUGCGAUGUUUUGGACCCUACGAGCUGCGGCAAGUCCAAUCUGCUGCUCGACUUUUUAGACAACAUCAACAAGAGCCACGCCGAGGAGAAGAGACAACACCCGGGGAAAAGGUUUGCACCAGAGCAGGAUCUAGUGACAGGAGAGUAG